AUGCUUGAGAUCUCUCCUGAAGCAUCGGUGGCGGGAAGAAAGCUGGUUGAGGAAAGGAUGUCGGCUUUGGAUUCCGACGUAGAAUCCUCCCACCACGCUUCCUCUUUAACCAAAAACCUGUAUUAUGGAUCCCGCCCGAUUCACUAUGUCUUUUUGUUUGUUGCAGAGGAUCGCUUCAGCAUUGAAAGCGGAGGAGUCAUACCUUACGAAGAUCUACCUAUCCAAUGA